CAUCCCACCCCUUUUACCUCCCGCCGCUCUAUAUCUACAAGAAGCGGGGUAUAUAAUCUGAAACUGAGUAGCCGAGAGAAAACCUGCGUAUAUUAUGCAUGUUCUCAAACUUCCCCGCUCUAACUUAUCCUCCAUAUGCAUUAGAAACCUGCAGCCCGCCGCCGACAUCUAAGAUAUCAAACACUUCAUCCAUCACUAAUAAGGUCUUUAGCUCCACUCCAGUCUACUCUACUGUGUGCAUGUGUUUCCCAUCUCAAACUUCUAUUCAGUCUUACAUCGAUAUCGAUAUCCCCGCUUCAAUCCAAGAUCCUAAGAUCAUACAAACGACCUAAAAGCUAAAAGUACACCUCGAGCUCAAAGCUCAAAGCCACCCUACAUCUCACCUCCCAAAUGCAAACCUAAAACCCCAUCAACAGCAUGAAAUCACACAUAAACUAGAAUGUAGCGAGGUCCUCAAAAGUAUCAAAGAAGAAGAACUCAAAGACGGAAACCCCUACACGAUUUACGCGCAUCACCUAGCGCGGGCAUGUUGGCAUGAUACUCGGAUUAUGUUAAGACAGACAUCUGGUGAGGCGGAAGGGAUCUUUGAUUUUAUUCUUGCGUUGCAUGGGGCAUGUGAUGGAAAAUGGGGUUAUCUUCUCGAUCGAGACGUUAGACAGACGGAUAUUGAUGCAUGGCUUGAGUAUGCGGGGAUGUUUUUAUCGAGUCUUGGUAAUUGUUUUGUAGGUGUUUCGUUUCGUUUCGUUUGGUUUAGUUUGCUAGAGAAUCAUUCUCCGCUACGAUUUAAAUUGCUAAUGCACAAUAUAGGACGAUGGAAAUCGAAAAGUAAUACCCAGUAUUUCCCACGAAGUACUCCGCAAAAUGGCAAGUGUAUCUCCUGAUGCAAGCGCAAAGCUUGAAGAAAUUAUCACCCCGAUGGUGGAAAUCCAACCAGCUGCUCUGGGAUAUCCAGAUGGUGCAAAUCAGUCUGGUUAUUACAUCAGCGAUAUCGAUGAACAAAUAAAAAAGGAAGAUAUUGAGAUCAUCACUAAGAUGAUGGAAGCAAGAAAAAUCUCCCCAGAAAACACUCGUCUCCGAAAACUCACCACCAGCAUUCGUCCAGCAGAUGAAAACAUCGACGUCUUUGAAAUCCUUCAGGCUUCUGCGGAAAAAGAUACCCAGCCUCUGUUUCUUGGUGAACUCACUACUGGAGAUAAUCGUCGCGCCAGGGUUUAUCUCCGGCGUGGUGACCAUUGCAGAAUCCCAAAAUUUGUUCCAUGUUUGGAAGGAUAAAAAUCGAGCGUAGCGAGGAAGGGGGCGUUUGGGAAUAUGCUUUUAUAAUAAUGAAUGGAUGAAUGAAGAAAUAAAUCAAGCGUAGCGAGUAAUAUACAAGAUUAAGAGUAAGUUUUUUGAUAAGAAUUAAAAUCAGGAUAUGUACAGAGCUAACUCUAGCAUGUAAAGUCGCCGCAACAAACGAACAAAAAAACCGCGCUUUCCCAGCUUGUGGAGAGUUUCGAUCGGGGGAUUAUAAUAUCUUUCGCUCUGCGCAUAAGACAUGGGUCACGGACAAGAAUCCUCGAGUGGAACAUUGCUGGGUUUUCUAUUCGGGUAUCGCGAUCCCCAUGGCGUAAGAGCAGAAUGGCAGGCUAUUAUUGGGAUUUGUCAUUCUGGAGAGACGGAUAAAAUGAGAGAGCUUGUUGCGAAAUCUACAGAAUUCAUUCGUAUGCUCCCUUGGGCUGUACAGAAUGAUAAUGAUGGUAAAGGACCCGAGCGAAUUAUAUGUUCCUAACUUGGCGGUUAUUCAUGGUGAGUAUAUAUAUCUAGGUAGUCAAGAGAGAUAUACUAUCCUAACAAUAACUAGUACUCGCUUCCGUUUCAAGCACCGCUUGGGAAGCUACUAAUAUUACAAUUAUAAGAUCAAGUUUCUGAAAAGCUCAUCAUAUCUCCAAGAUGAUGAAGAGCAUGAUUUGAAAUGUAUACAGGAUGACGAUGGCAAAAGACACGGCGUCAAGAACAUGGUGUGUGGUAAUCGAAUGAACCUCAACAGCAGUCCCGAUCGUACCUGUUACUAUAUCCACCCUUCAGAGGUUAAAACAUAUAUGACCUAUGCGCAUAAAGUUCGUUUCGUCACAACAGCCAUCCACGAGCUCAUCGGGCAUGGAACCGGAAAACUCCUAGCCGAAACAAUCCCUGGAAAGUUCAACUUCGACCAUGAAAACCCGCCGACAAGUCCACUGACCGGUAAACCCAUACAAACAUGGUACAAACCGGGCCAAACGUGGAACAGUGUAUUUGGAAAAUUAGCAGCAACAGUAGAAGAAUGCAGAGCAUUUUUGAUCGCGAACUAUCUAGCAGACAACAAGGAAAUUCUUGCGCUUUUCGGUUACGAUCAGGAGAGCACUCCUACUGCAGACGAGUGUAAGUAUACGUAUUUCGAUAUCCAGAAUCCAGAUAUAUAGCCUGAUAUCAAUCCAGUGACUAACAAAAACAAGUCAUCUAUUACACAUACCUACAAAUAGGAGUAGAAGGACUCCGCGCUUUGCGCAGCUAUAAAGUCGCUGAGAAAACCUGGGGCAGUGACCACGACCAGGUAAGUAGCGUUCAUGAGCAUGCAUUACAGCAAACUAACCCCCCGCAUCUCCAAACCCUAGGCACAAUUCACCAUCCUAAAGCACCUCCACCAAACCAGCAAAUACAAGCACCUCCUCCAAAUAUCCCACGACGCCCAAACCCAAACCCUACGCAUCCAUCUCAAUUGCUCCAAGCUCCUCUCCGACGGCAAACCCUCACUCGGGCGCAUGCUGCGCAAACUCCACAUCUGGCGCUGUACGGCCGAUAUCGAGGCAUGUCGAUCCUUUUACGAGGAACAGAGUGUUGUAGAUGGAGAGUAUGAGGAAUGGAGGAAAAUCGUAGCGGGGAAUAUGGAGCCCAAGUGGAAGUUUGUGCAGGGGAAUAGGUUUUGGGGGAGGAUGGUACUGGUACUGGUACUGGUACUGGUGUUGUUGAGUGGAGGGAGUAUGAGGAGAGUAAUGCGGGGAUUAUUAGGUCGUUUUAGGAGAGAGGGAUUUGAUUUGUUAAUCUAAGGUUAAUAAACCUACAUGUUUCGUCUGGAAUCUGGAAUGAGCUGCUAGUUAGUUUAUCAAAGAUGACUAACUGGUGGGCUAACCAAUAGAUGGAUCAAGAAAUCGAUAAGAGUUAAUAA